AUGUUCAGAUGUCGGCAUGCCCAUUCGGAUCCACAUAUGUUGCGAGAGGCUUAUUCGCUUUACAAACUUCACCGCAAGAUGAAAGCUGGUGCGCAUGAGUCGCUAGUGCGGCACCUCAGGCGCAUGAGGGAAUGCGGCUCUUGGGCCCUCAGUGAUAAUUCCACAGGUGAUAAUUCCAAAGGUGCACCACGACCGGCCUUUUUCGACCAGUUUACUUCUGUGUACCGGAACUGCUUUGGUGAGGGCGCAUUGCCUCUUGAUGUGCUGGCAGAGCAGUUGCUUAUUGGCUGGCCAUCAACACCUAGCAUGCUUGACAAAGUGAUCAGCGGAGUCAGAUGGCUUCUUUGCUUUGCAGCGCUUGUCUUGGCCUGUGUUGCAGCGCUUGCACCUGAUUUUCUGCGAGAUCGCGAGCUAAACUUCCGCUUGCCAGAAAAUGGUUGGUGUCAAGUCGUGUCCAUCGUCUUCAUGUUUUAUGCUUGCCGCUUUAACAUUUUGUUGUUCUAUUCGGGGCCCUCAAGCAUGAUGUCGCUGUUGGCAGAAAUGGCGGAUGCGUACAGGAUCUUCGAGUCGAUGCUCAUGGGCCCAAAUGCGGCAGCCGGCCAAGGCUGUCCCUACGUCAGGGUGGGCAGCGUGAAGGACAUCGGAGCAUGGUACGAGCUUUACAGCUUCUUCAUUGCCAGCUCGCAGCGCAGGAAGUUCUCGGCGGAGGUGGGUCUGGGCAUCAAUGUGCUCUUAGUCCUGACCAUGUCAGGAAUGCUUGCUUGGUACGCAAUGGAUCCCAAUUGGAAGCCGGGAGUGUUGUUCUGCGAAGCUCUGGUUGUCUUGGUGUCCUUCCUGCUCUUCUCGCUGCCCCCUCUUUUUGUGGGCCUCCGGGCCAACAUGUUGAGACGACACAUGUGGAUCUGCUGUGGGGGCAUGCGACAGAGUCGCGUGCGUACCUGCUUCGCAUUCAGAACGACCCGGAGCAUGCCGCGCGCGUAG